UCAUCCUGAACCACGUGAGUCUGAAGACACGGAGGCAGAGGAAGAAGACAACAUGGAGGACUGGUGUCGCUGGGUGAGGAAGAGCUGCUGUGGUGAGGAAGAGGACGACGAGGAGGAGAAAGGAAGGACGGAGGAAGAAAGAGAGGAGGAGGUGGUGAAGGUGGAGGUCAGCUUGAGAAAGAAUUCGACCUCCCUCCCCCUUGCUGAGCUGGAUCUGGACCGGUCUGACUCGCCCCCCUCCGGGUCCCAGCCUCACUGGUUCCACACUCUGCAGUUCCGACGCUUCAGAGUGCAGCGAGGACGCAGCAACAGCGACCCGCUUGGAGGGAAGAGCUGCCAGGACCACUUCUCCUGGAAACCAGGUCUUGGGUUCGGAGCGGCCCACUCGUACCUGAGUCUGGAGAAAGUGGGAGAAGGAGCGUACGCCUCCGUGUACAAAGGCAUCAGCAGGAUAAACGGGCAGCUGGUGGCGCUGAAGGAGAUUCGUAUGAAGACGGAGGAAGGCGUCCCAUUCACCGCCAUCCGAGAGGCGUCUCUGCUCAAAGGUCUGAAACACGCCAACAUCGUCGUCCUCCACGACAUCAUCCACACCAGAGAGUCUCUGACAUUCGUCUUUGAAUAUGUGCAGACAGACCUGGCCCAGUAUUUGAACCAACAUCCUGGAGGACUUCACUCCCACAAUGUCCGGCUAUUCAUGUUCCAGCUUCUGCGAGCUCUGUGCUUCAUCCACAGCCGGAGGAUCCUCCACCGAGACCUGAAGCCUCACAACCUGCUCAUCAGCUACCUUGGAGAACUCAAGAUGGCCGACUUCGGUCUGGCUCGGUCCAAGUCCAUCCCCAGUCAGACUUUCUCCUCUGAGGUGGUGACGCUGUGGUACCGCCCCCCCGACGUCCUGCUGGGAUCCACAGAUUACUCCACCGCUCUGGACAUCUGGGGGGCCGGCUGCAUCUUCGUAGAGAUGCUUCAGGGGGCGCCGGCGUUCCCCGGAGUCACUGAUGAGUUUGAACAACUACAGAAGAUCUGGACCGUCCUUGGCGUCCCCUCUGAGGACAGCUGGCCUGGGGUCAGCCAGCUGCCCAAUUAUACACCCGAACGAUUUCUUCUCUCUAAGCCGAAGCGGUUUAGAAACGUUUGGAAGAGGUUAGACCAGCUGCCCUAUAAGACCGAGGACCUGGUCCAGAGGAUGUUGAAGGUGGUCCCUGCAGACCGGAUCUCGGCGCAGGACUCAGUGCAGCACCCGUUCUUCAGCACGCUGCCUCCUCCCAUCAUGCACCUCAGGGACACGGUGUCCAUUUUCAAAGUGCGGGGCGUUCAACUGGAGACCGAGGUCAGAGACGUUUUUAACCCCGGAAAGAAGGUCAAACUAUCGCUGCUGCCAAAAAAACUCCAAACAAACACAAACUAACAACCAUCAACCGGAGGAGACGACCGGAGGGGAAACAAACCCUCUCUCAAACAACCUGAGGAGGCGAACAGAGGGGUGGAGAAACCCACUCCAUUAACUUUAAUAUAGAAUGUAACUUAGUAUAGUAUUAUGCUAUAGCUGAAGCUAAACUAAGUGCUUAAGCUUAAUGCUAAAGCUAGGUUUGUUUACAGAUUAUUCUGCUUUAAUAUCUAUUUGUUGAUUAAGAUCUAAAAUGUUGCCUUCAAGGUUUUCCGUCUGAAUCAUUAGAUUAUUGUCGUCAUGAUUUAUUCAUGAUUUCUGAGGGAGAAUCCCUCGAUCCUCAUGAAUAUUUAAUGAAUAAAGACAGAAUCUUAACGUUCACAAGCUCCGAAUAAAAACAUGUUAAUGUA